GCGGUACUGGGGCUUUAUGGCCACUGAUCGGAGCACUUCGUCGGGCCCAGAAAGCCAAAACGACUGGCAUUUUACCAGCCAGCAAAAAGGAACCCCGGAGUAACUCGGAGUAACGGGAAGCAGGAGCGACUGACACGCGGAACCAUGGGACACGGAGUGGGCUGAACCAGACAGCCCAGCCACGCACACCAGACUCUCUCACUGAGGUCUGUGACAUGGCCACGGCCUCCAGGGCGGAGUCCAGCCAUAACCAUGGAGAAUCUUCACAGCUUCAUGCCAUCAUUUCUUGUGCCAAGCUCCGGAGGAAGAAGAGCCUGUUCGGGUCCAUCUACGUGGAGGUGACAGCGGACGGGGAGACGCGGCGCACGGCAAAGACCCACAGCUCCUCCAACCCUAAGUGGGACGAGAGACUCACACUGAAUGUAUCGCCCCAAUCAGAGGUGGACUUCAAGGUAUGGAGCCACCAUACAAUUAAGGCAGACUCUCUGCUGGGCAAAGCCACUUUGAACCUGCGGCAAGUCCUGGACCAGCAUGAAAGAAAAUUGGAGAAUGUGAAGGAGGUGCUGAAGCUGAGCGUGGAGCAGAAGGGAGCGGCGGUGUCCACGGGGGAGCUGACGGUGUAUCUGGACGGGCUGACGGUCGCUGACCAGGAGGCGGUGCAGCCCCUGACCAACGGCAACACAACAACCACCAACCCCACCAAAACCCAACAGAACGGAGAUGCCAUUCAUGAAAAUGGAGAAGAUUUGUCUUCCUCUUCAAGGGCAGCCAACAGCACAUCGAAUGGUACGGAAGCGGGACCAGCCAAUGGCUCCAGCCCAGGCUCCUGUUCAGCCCCCAAUGGCGAAGACACCGAUUCGGUGCACGACCCUUCCUCCCUUCACGACCCUUGCCCUGUCGUCAACGGAAACGACACCACAUCCAACCUCACCGCUGCCUGCAAACCCCUAGACAGUGACGCAAGCACCACCACCACCACCAACGGCACUGUGAACGGAGACGGCGUUGACGCAGCCCACCCCUCUUCUACCGCGGCAACAGAGGACGCACCGCCCUCCUCCCAGAGCCAGGAAGACCCUAGCCAGAACCCCGUUCCGCCAGACCCAGACCCGGCCGCCGGCAGCACAACCCCAGGCCCCGCCGCCGCCGCCGCCGCCGCCACCACCACCACCACCACCACCACCACCUCCUCAUCCUCCGUUACUGCAGCGCCUGCUGCUCCCUCCGACUCCAGCACCCCGACCCGUGCGUCAGCUGCUCCUGCCCCGGACCCCGCGGCCGGGACGUCGCCCUGCCCUGCUCCGGGGGAACCGGCACCCCCCCCCGGGGGGGAGGGCGGGGCCGUCGCCGGAGGCACUGAGGACCCACCUGCGGACGGGGCCAAGCCCAGACAGCAGACGACCCCCAGCAGCACGGCGGCCGCCUCCGACGCCCUGCCGCCGGGGUGGGAGCAGAGGAAAGACCCACAUGGCCGGACGUACUACGUAGACCACAACACCAGGACCACCACCUGGGAGAGGCCGCAGCCUCUACCCCCAGGCUGGGAGAGAAGGGUGGACGACCGGGGCCGUAUCUACUACGUGGACCACAACACCCGCACCACCACGUGGCAGCGGCCCACCAUGGAGUCGGUCCGCAACUUUGAGCAGUGGCAGAGCCAGAGGAGCCAGCUUCAGGGAGCCAUGCACCAGUUCAACCAGAGAUACCUCUAUUCCGCCUCCAUGAUGUCAGCGGAGAACGACCCCCUAGGCCCGCUUCCGCCUGGCUGGGCAGAGAGGCGUGUGGACUCCAACGACCGUGUGUACUUCGUCAACCACAGCACUAAGACCACGCAGUGGGAGGACCCCCGGACACAGGGGCUCCAGAACGAGGAGCCGCUCCCAGAGGGCUGGGAGAUCCGCUACACCAGAGAAGGGGUGCGCUACUUUGUGGACCAUAACACCCGGACCACCACCUUCAAUGACCCACGCACCGGAAAAUCCUCUGUCACCAAGGGGCCUCAAAUUGCCUACGAGCGCAGCUUCAGGUGGAAGCUCGCCCACUUUCGCUACCUGUGCCAGUCCAAUGCACUUCCCAGCCAUGUGAAGAUCACUGUGUCGAGACAGACCCUGUUCGAAGACUCUUUCCAGCAAAUUAUGGCCCUUAAACCCUACGACCUGAGAAGGAGGCUCUACGUCAUCUUCAGAGGAGAGGAGGGACUGGACUACGGUGGCCUGGCUCGGGAGUGGUUCUUCCUGCUGUCCCACGAGGUGCUCAACCCCAUGUACUGUCUGUUUGAGUACGCCGGCAAGAGCAACUACUGUCUGCAGAUCAACCCCGCCUCCACCAUCAACCCCGACCACCUCUCCUACUUCUGCUUCAUAGGGCGCUUCAUCGCCAUGGCGCUGUUCCACGGCAAGUUCAUCGACACGGGCUUCUCGCUGCCCUUCUACAAGCGCAUGCUCAACAAGAAGCUGCUCCUGAAGGACCUGGAGUCCAUCGACCCAGAGUUCUACAACUCCCUCAUCUGGAUCCGGGACAACAACAUAGAGGAGUGCGGCCUGGAGAUGUUCUUCUCGGUGGACAUGGAGAUCCUGGGCAAGAUCACCUCCCACGACCUGAAGGCCGACGGCACCAACGUGCAGGUCACAGAGGAGAACAAGGAGGAGUACAUCAGCUUGAUGGCAGAGUGGCGGUUCUCCCGGGGGGUGGAGGGCCAGACCAAGGCCUUCCUGGACGGGUUCAAUGAGGUGGUUCCGCUCCAGUGGCUCCAGUACUUUGACGAGAAGGAGUUAGAGGUGAUGCUGUGUGGCAUGCAGGAGGUGGAUCUGCAGGACUGGCAGAGGAACACUGUGUAUCGCCACUACACUAGAAACAGCAAACAGAUAAUUUGGUUCUGGCAGUUGGUGAAGGAGGUGGACAACGAGGUGCGUCUGAGGCUCAUGCAGUUUGUCACGGGGACCUGCAGGCUGCCGCUGGGGGGCUUCGCCGAGCUCAUGGGGAGUAACGGGCCUCAGAAGUUCUGCAUCGAGAAGGUGGGGAAGGAAACCUGGCUUCCCAGAAGUCACACAUGCUUUAACCGGCUGGACCUCCCCCCCUACAAGAGCUUUGAGCAGCUGAAGGAGAAGCUGCUGUUCGCCAUCGAGGAAACUGAAGGAUUCGGACAGGAGUAGAGAGCCAACAAGAGCAUGGCGGGAGGACGGGGGGAGGCGGGGGGAGGCGGGGGAUGCUUCAUCACUAUCUCCCCCUCCCUCCCUCUCGCGCUGCCUGACCCACCCCCCCCCCUUCCCCCUUCCCCCUUCCCCCCAUGCUGUUUAUACAGCCAAGUAAACAAAAAAAGGAAGAAUUGCACAGAUGAAUACCAAUGUAUAUAAGCUAUUUUGUCAUUUUAAACCAAAUCUUAAUCCACAGAAUCAUUUCUCUGCAGCGAUCCCUUUGUCCCCCCCCUACGCCCUUCAGAGUAUAGCUAACCCGUCAUGAAAUAUGCAAGCAUCUAAGCCCCGCCGUCUUGAGGAGACGAAAUCAUCGUUUUUUUUUAUCGUUAUUAAGGAAACUGAAAGUGUUCUGAAGAGGAUUUUAUAGCUAAAGCAUUUAACUUCUUCUACGGCUCUAGUUCUAUAGAGCUUUUAAAAGGCUGAUUGUAGUUUCAGAGUGCCUGAGAUUUCACCCCCUCAUCCCCUCCUCCCCCCCAUCGGACCCCAUCCCCCCCCAGGUUUGGGGGGGGUGGGGAAGCCCUGUCCGCCUCGUCUUAUCGCCCACUGACUUUACAAGCAAACAAACCACCUGAUGGACACACGCCACUCAUAGCUCACGCCGGUGUGUUCCCACGGUAACACCCGACGACAUCAUGACUGAAUGACUGAAUGAAGAGUAUUGUCCCCCCUUCGUUUCCUUUACCGCAGUACAUCACAGUACGCAAGACAUAGAUCAUACUUCCCUUGACCCACACACACACACACACACACACACACACACACACACACACACACACACACACACACACACACACACACACACACACACACACACACACACACUCUCAGACUCACACUCUUCCCUCUCGCUGUGAUUGGAUGGCCUUGAAACCCAAGCUGGGACAAAGAUCCCCCCCUUGAGAAAAGACAAAAAAUUACUCACCUGUAACCUUGUGAAAAUUGGUGACUCAUCCAAGAUGCAGGGUUUAACACACACACACACACACACACACACAACUUAAACCGUGCCAUGUAUUUAUUUUGCUGCUUGCGACUUGCAGCUGGUUCUUUCUGGGGUGUCUUUGCGUUGCCGGGGGAAACGUAGGCUUUCCAGGGUCGCCGUGGUGACGACAGCAGAGACGUCCCCCACCAUUUAUUAGUUUCUCAUCCAUCACAGUAUAGUGACGAAUAGACCUCAGAGAGUUUAACGUGUUUCACUUUCCUUUGCACACAUGGAGUAGGGAACAAGCUUUGAUCAUGGGUAGAAAUAAAUACCUUACAAACCGUUUCGCCACAAAUCGCCCGUAACGCUUGUUUAGAAGCGAUGGCCGUUGUAAGCUCACAGUCUGAAGGGUCUCUAUAGAGGGCAAAGAGGGUCUACAUUCAGCAUGAAAUGUAACCUGGUAACCAAAAUAGAUAAGCAUUUGUAAAAACCUAGAUUCUUUUGUUGGCCAACUAGGAAAGAGGCCGUAAACAAUUUGGCCAAUCCCUUUAAUAUAUUUCCGCAUAGAAACGCGCUGCCGUGCAAGACUUUGAUAAGGAACGCGCAAUAAGCUAAUAAGUGUAACUCAAAUGUCUAUUAGAAAACUGCACACCUUGUUUAUUUUCUGCCUUUAAAUGUAUGUAUUUAACAGUUUGAAGUGCAAUCGCGCCAUCAGUUUAUUUAUUUUAUAGUGACCUAUAGCAGUAUGACAUUGAAUGCAGGGGGCGCUUCACACAAGUGUUGUCAUUUACCAUAACCGCUUUAUAGGCCUACAUACAACGCCUGGGUUCAUUGUGCUAAUACAGUCAGCAGUUUGGGAUUAAGAUUGUGGAAAUCGAUGUGAACCGCUGGAAAGUGUAGUUAGAACUGGUAUAGCAGCAUUUGAACAAACAUUGGAGAAUUACCAUUCAAAACUUCUGUGUGAUGCAAGUUGUCAUGGGUUGCCUGCAUACAUCUGCAAUGUUAAUGUUGAAACAUUUACACUGGCCAUUUGACACAAUCAUUUAUUUCCGUAAUGCACAAAAGGCAACAUGUAUACUAAGAAAUGGACACGAAUGCAAACAUAAAGUGAGUGUUUACGAACAACAUAUUUUUGCCGCUUGGAUUGUAAAAUGGCCCUUAAAACAUAUGUUAGAGAUUGUAGAUGUUGAAAUUAAAUGAAUGACUCAUACAGUAUACAUGAAUGUCCCUUCUAAAUCAGCUCCGAACUGUAUUCUAGCUGAACUAAAAUCCUUUUCCACAUUUCUCCUUGAUUCCGAUUUUUUUACAGAAGAGAUAAUGUAGCCAAAUUCAGUUUGACAGCGACCAAUGUUUGUUUAAAAAAGAAACUUGGGCUGUCCGUCUUUAUCUUCAAAUGUCCCCCCUCUGAUUCGUCAUCCCAUUUUUAUGUUUGUUUUUUGUUUUCAGGUGACAUUUUCACAGUUAUUAAUGUGAAUUAUACACGUGUAUAAAUAGUGUUGGAAGAAAACUCUGGUGCUUCAUGUCGAAUGUCUGGAGGCAAGGCAAGCGAAACCACUGUGUGCGUGCGUGUGAGUGUGUCCCUGUUAAAAACGCUUUUUGUCUCAGAGGAGUAGCCCAUGUCAAAAUAAAUAUAUGCCUUGUAUAUAACAUUUCAUUGAUCCCGCUGGUCGAAGCUGACCACAGGGACUGCAGGAAAAAAGAGGAAUUAUUACCGACAAAAGGAGAUUAAAAAAAAAAAAAAGAUCGUGUAACGCUGUGCUUCCUUCUGAACUACAAAAUCCACUAUCAGAGGAAGGAAAUCAAACUGUAUAUGAGUAUUCAUUGUACAGAGAACAUUUUAAGAAAUUAAAGUAAUUAGUUAUUGUAAUUAAUCGCGCGGAACCGAUGUUUCAUUGAUGAAAAAUCUUAAAGCCUUUUUUUUUUAUUAUUCAAUAACCUUCAUUCUCAGACGUGGAUGUUUUCGUAUCAGGUUGCCUUGAGGCGCCCCGGCACCCUGGGGAGCACGGAGCACACACACCCUAUGCCUACUCGUGAUCUAGCUGUCGAACCAAAAUGUGAUGAGAGGCCGUUGAAAAACUGAAGGUGGGGUUAAUCGGGGAGAGUGCUGCUGUGUCUUUUAUCGAGGCAAUCUGAAACGCAAAACAACCCCAAACGUAACAUAUCGCGUGUAGAUACACACUGUAACCAUCAACUACACUGUAUGGAAAGAUGCUAUAGUGGAGUCGUUGCGUAAUAUACCCCCCCCCCCCCCCACACACCCUUUAACCGCGUUUUAAAUGAAGAGAUCGAUGUAUGAGCCAAAUAGCUGAAUGAACCCCUCCGAUGACCUCCAAUGAUGUUAUGUCGUUAAGAAUCACAGGGAACUCGAUUCCUUCUGCUCAGGAGUCAAAAGGAACAAUUUUUAUUCUGUUCUUGAAGCAAAGUAAAAACAAUAGAUUUCCUUUUUGAUUAUUAUGUUUCUUUUGGUUGGAUCUUGCCUGUGGAAAUGGAACCAUAUUUAAUAAAUAUAUCUGACCACCUUUA